AGGAAAAUGGAGGAGAAGAAUUGGAGCAGUAUUGAAGUGAGUGGUAUGCAAUUCGGUUACGAUGGCCAAUCACCGGUAUUCAUCGACUUCACCCUCAAGAUCUUGCCCGGAUCUCGAUGCCUUCUCGUCGGCGCCAAUGGUUCUGGGAAGACCACUUUGCUGAAGAUUUUGGCUGGGAAGCAUAUGGUUGGUGGAAGAGAUGUUGUGCGGGUGCUGAAUUGUUCAGCUUUUCAUGACACACAUCUAGUCUGUAGUGGUGAUUUAUCCUAUUUGGGAGGAUCUUGGAGUAAAACUGUUGGGUCUGCUGGAGAGAUUCCACUUCAAGGAGACUUCUCUGCUGAACAUAUGAUAUUCGGAGUUGAAGGGGUUGAUCCUGUUAGACGAGAGAAGCUAAUUGAAUUGCUAGACAUUGAUCUACAAUGGCGAAUGCACAAGGUUUCUGAUGGUCAGCGACGUCGAGUCCAAAUCUGCAUGGGUCUCCUUCAUCCUUUUCAGGUUCUUUUGCUAGAUGAGGUUACAGUUGAUUUAGAUGUUGUCGCAAGGCUGGAUUUGCUGGACUUCUUCAAGGAAGAAUGUGAGCAGAGAGGAGCUACCAUUGUGUAUGCAACCCAUAUUUUUGAUGGACUGGAAACAUGGGCGACAGAUCUUGCAUAUAUCCAUGCUGGUGAGUUAAAGAGGACUGAUAAAUUAUCCGAGCUUGGUGAGUUGAAGAACUCUGCCAAUCUGCUUUCAGUGGUCGAGUCUUGGCUUCGUUCUGAAACGAAUACUGAGAAAAAGAAACCCACCAAUCCUCCAGCUGAAAACCAGAAAACUUCUCCCUUCGAUUCCUCUCCUUUUAGGUCAUCCAGACACAUGGCCUACUAUCGUUGACCUCUCCAAAUUGGUUAUUUUACCUGAUACUUAAAAUUGAAAGUCAUCUAUACAGUGGUGGUUUUAGCUGAUAUUUCAAAUUGAAGGUCAUCUAUACAAUGGUAGAUACAAAGAGAAGGUGAUAUCGGCUGGAAGUCAGUAAUAAUGCUGUUUCAGUGUAGCUUUUUGUUUAAGUAGGCAUCAUAUAGUUUAGUUUCUUUCCUAAAAAUCUCAGAAGAAAUUAGGGUUGCAAUUACUGCUAGCAUUUUGGGUUAUUUUGUUACAUGUUGAAACUCUUUGAAUAAUGGCCUCUGGCAUAUGUUAUUGUUAAUUUGUAACAGAAAUAGUGUGUUUGCAAUAUAUCAACAAUUGCUUCCAUUUGAAUUC